CCUCGGGGAGGGAGAAGCCGACCCGGAUCCCGCCGUCGGUCACCCCUCUGCCGGUCGCCCGCCCGCGCCGCACAGCUGUCCCCCAUGGCCGCGUGGUCCCGGGAGGCGGUGCUGACUCUGUACCGGGCUCUGCUGCGCCGCGGCCGCGGCCUGCGCUACACCGACCGGGAUUUCUACCUGGCCUCCAUCCGCCGCGAGUUCCGCCGGAACCAGGGGCUGCAGCGGCUGGAGGACAAGGAAAGGCAGCUGGAGAAGGGGCAGGCUUUCCUGCGGAGCAGCCUCGGGGGCCUGGUUUAG